CGCCACCUUCGUCGACCUUUCCUUGACAUUGGUAAAUCACUUUACCGAAUCACAAGAUACUCGAGGUGUUCGGCACAUUUUCUUUUGUAUCGUUGGUCUAACCGAAGUUCAACGAAAUUAGAAAAAAUUAAGUAUUCCUCGAUCUUUAUAAGGGAUAAUAUAUUUUUCAAAGAUAACACCAUGGCCCUUAACAAACUCAGCAUCGACAAAGUGGAUCUUACUGACAAGAGGGUCCUCAUACGAGUUGACUUCAAUGUACCAUUGAAGGAUGGUAAAAUCACCAACAAUCAAAGAAUUGUUGCAGCAUUGGACACUGUGAAGUAUGCUCUUGAAAAGAAAGCCAAAUCAGUAGUAUUAAUGUCUCAUUUGGGUCGUCCUGAUGGAAACAAAAAUUUGAAGUAUACUUUAAAACCUGUUGCCGAGGAGCUCAAAACUCUUCUUGGGAAGGAUGUCCUUUUCUUGGAGGAUUGCAUUGGUCCUGAAGUUGAAGCUGCAUGUGCCAAUCCAGCUCCUGGAACUAUUAUUCUUUUAGAAAAUUUAAGAUUCCAUGUAGAAGAAGAAGGCAAGGGUGUUGGCCCUGAUGGUAGUAAGAUUAAAGCAGAUAAAGAUAAAGUCACAGCAUUCCGAGCUUCUCUGCGAAAGCUCGGUGAUGUUUAUAUCAAUGAUGCCUUUGGUACUGCUCACCGUGCACACAGUUCAAUGCUGGGAGAAGGUUUCGAUAUCAGAGCCAGUGGAUUCCUAUUGAAAAAGGAACUCCAAUACUUUGCUAAAGCACUGGAUGAACCUGAAAGGCCUUUCCUAGCUAUCCUUGGAGGAGCUAAAGUUGCGGACAAAAUUCAAUUAAUUAACAACUUAUUGGAUAAAGUUAAUGAAAUGAUCAUUGGUGGUGGAAUGGCUUAUACAUUCUUAAAUGUAUCGAAAAAUAUGAAGAUUGGUAACUCCUUGUUCGACGCAGAGGGUGCGAAGAUCAUUAAUGAUUUGGUGUCUAAAGCAGAAAAGAAUAACGUUAAGAUUCAUUUACCUGUUGACUUUGUCACUGCUGAUAAAUUUGCCGAAGAUGCCGCUGUAGGAUCUGCUGAUGUAGAAAGUGGUAUUCCCGAUGGAUGGAUGGGACUUGAUGUUGGGCCGAAAUCUAGAGAACUGUUUGCUGAACCAGUUAAAACGGCAAAGACAAUUGUCUGGAAUGGUCCAGCUGGAGUAUUCGAAUUCGAAAACUUCAGCAAAGGUACAAAGUCUCUCAUGGACAAUGUAGUUGAAGCUACUACCCGAGGUGCGAUUACUAUUAUUGGAGGUGGUGACACUGCCACUUGCGCUGCGAAAUGGAAAACUGAGGACAAAGUUAGUCACGUUAGUACUGGUGGUGGUGCCAGCUUGGAGUUGCUUGAAGGAAAAGUACUUCCUGGUGUGGCAGCUCUUUCUCCGUCUUCUUAAACGGAAAUUAGGUAAACACCUAACAUUGAGAAAAGACAUUAGCACAAAAACAAUGUCAAACAAUAUUCAACAGUGUGUUGGAAAUUAGAUUGUUCACGUCCCAUAUUGAAAAUAUGAAUGUAAUGUUUUCCUUGUCAUCUGCACACGUGGUCAAUCUGAGAAUAAUUCAAUGAACGAAUUCGUACAUGCAAUGAAUUUAUCAACGAUUAUCUAUUUUACCCGGAUUUCUAUUUUAUGUAACUGAUGCACAUAUACAUCGCGGGUAAUACAAAUUAUCGGUCCUCCUAAUUUGAAGUUCUGGUCCGAUGAAGAAAUGUUUGAACGCAGAAAUGAUUACUGACGUUAAUAUCUAAUCAUAAUAAAUUCAAAGUUAUAAUUGGAAACACAAUUUGUUUCGGAUUCAUCACAUAACUGUAGAACGCAAAGGAAUAAUAUAUAGUAUGACAUACGAUGAUGUAUUAAAUAAAAGUCAUUACUCUGA